AUGUCGAUCAAUUGGGUUAUGCUUGAUGAGGCUAAAGGCUUCGUUUAUCUUCCAAACGAACGUCUGCUAUAUACCUCUCCUCCCCGCACAAGCUUUGCCUUACAACCACUCCCUUCAUAUACUGGCAGCGAGAAAUUAUCAUUACAGAGCAGUGAUGGAAAACUAUACCUCACCAAUCAGCGGGUUGUAUACAUACCAAAUCAACGAACACCUGGGUUAGAAUCAUUCUCUGCUCCUCUUCUCAACCUACAUGAUUCUCAUGUUUCGGUUCCCUUCUUUGGGCCCAACGCAUGGAACGCAGUUGUCCAACCAGUGCCUGGCGGCGGAAUCCCGUCGUCCUUACCUGCAGUCCAUGCAAAGAUCACUUUUAAAGAAGGUGGAGCAUCUGAUUUUCACACGAAGUUCGAAAGAAUGAAAGAACGGUUCCAGCAAGCUCUUGAAGUUUCCGGGGAGAGUACUGGCCGUGGAGCUGGAGGUGUCGACAUGGCCAAUGUUCAUCUGGAGGACCUGCCGGCCUAUUCUGGUCCACAGAGCAGCUUAAUGCCUGCCACGGCCGAUAACAAUCCAACAACUACUCGCCGGAGUCCUUCGGUGAGCAGUGCCCAACCUCAGGAGCCCCCACCAGACUAUGAGGAGGUGCAGCGGCAGAGCGUUACCAACGAGCUAGAAGAAAGGUUACGCCGAGCGAGCUGA